UUCUGUAUUUAGAGUUGUGUAAGGGAAUCUGCACUGGGCUGUAGCACUUUCCCCAUUCACUGACUGACCGCCCGCUGCUGCCUGCACUGCAAAUGCCUCCCCUCCCCUGUGUCAGCUGCAUUCUUGCUCUGCAGCUUGUCUGGCCUCUCUUUCAGCUCGUUGAAUCCAAUACAAGGACCUAUUAUAUUGGCAUUGUGGAGGAGACCUGGGAUUAUGCCCCCACAGGCAAAAAUCUCAUUAAUGGACUCAACAUAACAGAGGACAAAAACGCAGCGGUAUACCUGGAAGGUGGGCAAGACAGAAUCGGGAGCAUUUACAAAAAAGCCAUAUACAGACAAUAUACAGAUGGCGAUUACACAGAAGAAAUAGAAAAACCUGCCUGGCUUGGCUUUCUGGGGCCUAUCAUUAAAGCAGAGGUGGAUGACACGAUCAUUGUUCACCUGAAGAACUUUGCCUCUCGCUCGUAUACUCUGCACCCACAUGGAGUCUUCUAUGCAAAGGAUUCGGAAGGGGCUUUUUAUCCAGAUGGAACCAAUAAGUCUGAUAAACAUGAUGAUGCUGUUCCUCCGGAGGGCCAGCACACUUACACCUGGAUAGUGAAGGAGCAAUAUGCACCUACUGCCGAGGACCCCAACUGCCUGACCUGGAUCUAUCAUUCCCAUAUAGAUGCCCCCAAAGAUAUUGCAAGUGGACUAAUAGGGGCAUUACUGACUUGUAAAAAAGGGACAAUGGACAUGUCUUUCAAUCGAAAGGACGUUGAUAAAGAUUUCAUUCUGAUGUUUACUGUGAUGGAUGAAAAUCAUAGCUGGUACUUGGAGGAGAACAUUGAUACCUACUGCUCUGAGCCUGGGACUGUAAAUUUGGAGGAUGAAGAUUUCCAGGAAAGCAACAAAAUGCACGCUAUCAAUGGCUUCAUGUUUGGAAACCUGCCUUCCUUGAAUAUGUGUCUGACUGACAAGGUGUCUUGGCAUUUGUUCGGAAUCGGCAACGAAGUUGACAUCCACUCGGCCUAUUUCUAUGGCCACACUGUCACCAACCUGGGUCACAGGACUGACGUCAUCAAUCUGUUUCCCGCCACGUUUGUCACGGUGGAGAUGACGCCAACGUCUGCAGGAACAUGGAUGCUAAGCUGUCAAGUAAAUGACCACAUACAGGCUGGGAUGCUGGGGCUGUACCAUGUGGAGACUUGUGGACAGGUUCCUUCAUUUGUGAUGUCUGGAAAGAUCAGAAACUACUUUGUUGCUGCCGAAAUGGUGCUUUGGGAUUAUGGGCCUACAGAAAAUGACGAGUUCCAUUCUGAGCCUUUGGAUCAGCCAGGCAGCAAUUCAGCAAAGUAUUUCACGGCAAACAGUGAAAGAAUAGGAGGUAAAUACUGGAAAGUUCAAUACACAGAGUACACAGAUGAAACCUUUAACUAUAAGAAGGUCCGCUCCGACGAUGAAGAACAUCUUGGAAUACUUGGGCCAGUCAUCAAAGCUGAAGUAGGAGAUACCAUCACGGUUACAUUUGCCAACAAUGCAGACAGAGAAUAUAGCAUUAUGCCCCACGGGGUGUCCUUUAUGAAAGACUCAGAAGGAGCUGAAUAUUUAGAUGGAUCUGUGAAAUUAGGAGCUCGUGUGGCCCCGGGUACCAGUUUCACCUACACAUGGACAGUCCCUGAGAGUGUUGGACCCACUGCUCAUGAUCCCCAUUGCCUGACAUAUCUCUACUACUCAGCGGUUGAUCCGGUCAAAGACACGGCUUCAGGCCUUGUUGGACCUCUGCUUGUCUGCAGUAAAGGCACCCUCAAUCAGGAUAAUACCCAGGUCCAUGUAGAUAAGGAAUUUUACCUUUUGUUCACGGUCUUUGAUGAAAAUUUAAGCUGGUACCUGGACGAAAACAUUGAGAUGAUUCCGGAUUCCUCCAUUGACAAAGAAGAUGCUGAUUUUCAGGAGUCAAACCAAAUGCACGCUGUGAAUGGAUAUAUGUUUGGAAAACUCCCUAGCCUGUACAUGUGCCUGCUGAGUAACAUAUCAUGGCAUUUGAUGGGACUUGGCACAGAAAUUGAUAUACAUGGCAUUUACUUUGAAGGGAACACGCUUGAUCUUGGAGGAAUGACCAGAGACACUGUUAGCCUUUUCCCCCAUACAUCACUCACAGCGUACAUGCGCCCAGACCAACCUGGGGGAUUUGAAGUGAGUUGCCAGACCACACAUCAUUAUGCUAAUGGAAUGAAGCAGAUUUAUGUUGUGGCUACAUGUAAUGAUUCUUAUACUGAGCGCCAGUACGGCACUAUGAGGACCUACUUCAUUGCCGCUGAAGAGCUAGAAUGGGACUAUUCUCCUGACAGAACAUGGGAGCUGGGAAAACAUAACUUAACGGAGGGCGAAAACAGUCCUGGACAUAUAUUUGUGAGCAGAGAGGAAGACUGGAUUGGGUCUAAAUACAAGAAAGUAGUAUACCGGGAAUACACAAACGGCCAAUUUACAGAAAUGAAAAGGAGGACGACAGAAGAAGAACAUCUCCAGAUACUUGGCCCCUUUAUUCGCGCGGAAGUUGGUGACAGCAUUCUAAUUGUGUUCAAGAAUAAAGCCACAAGGCCAUACUCUAUAAAUGCUCAUGGUGUUGUGGAAGUCACUGGGGGAUACACAGCAACACAGCCAGGAGGCAUACAAACGUACCAAUGGAAUGUUCCAGAGAGAUCCGGACCAGGAACUAAUGACCCAGAUUGCUUAACCUGGGUUUAUUAUUCCAAGACAGACUUCAUCAAGGAUAUCUACAGCGGCUUGGUUGGACCAUUAAUAACUUGCCGCAAAGGCGUCCUAAAUGACCAGGGUGUGAGAAAAGACGUCGACCGCGAAUUUGCGUUGCUUUUUCUGGUAUUCGACGAAAAUAAGUCCUGGUACUUGGAUGAAAAUAUUCGACUUUAUAUUCACAAAGAGCCCAGCGAAGUGAAUGCAACUGACGAAUUCGUAGAAAGCAACAAAAUUCAUGCAAUUAACGGGAAGAUCUAUGGAAAUCUCCAUGGCCUAACAAUGACUGAAGGUGAAAAUACCAACUGGUAUCUUCUGGGCCUGGGAAAUGAGAUUGACAUGCACACUGUACAUUUCCACGCAGAGAGUUUUAUUUACAAGAAAGAUAAAGAACAUCGAGCCGACGUGUUUGACCUCUUCCCUGGGACGUUUCAAACGAUAGAACUAGUGGCCGACAAUCCUGGAACGUGGUUGUUACACUGCCACGUGUCGGAUCACAUCCACGCUGGCAUGGAAACUGUGUUUACUGUAAAGAAAUCAGGGAAAAGUAUUUUUGGAAAUGGUUCUACAUCAAAAACUCCCAUUGUUUCGUCAUCAGGAAAUGGUUCUGCUGAAGAAUCAGCCGGAAUACCAUUCCUAGGCAAGAUGUUAUCCAACAAUGAAGCAAACAUGGCCCUGAUCUCACUUUUAGCUGUUGGUCUCACCCUUUUGGUAUUGUUGGUGAUACUGGGAGGUCUCCUCACCUGUGCAAAGAAACGCAUGUACUACAGCACAAUUGACAAUGGAACACUCCCCAUUCAUAAUUUGUGACCAAAAAGUACUGGUCCCAAGCCUACAACCUAAAAAUGCAUUGGACUUAAAUAUUGAAGGCUAUAUAUAUAUAUAUAUAUAUAUAUAUAUAUAUAUAUAUAUAUAUAUAUAUAUAUA